AGGCAGGUUCGGUUCACUAUCAAUGCAGGCUUUAGUUUUAACCUACGGACCGCUGUAGUGAGACGCUUCAUCACGCUUCUGCUUCUUUCAUUUCUCUCUUAGUUUCCUUUUCAUACUCACCGCCUCACCAAUACAUAGUUUUUUUUUCUUUUAUUGAGAAAAAGAAAAGUCUAGAGUACAAUUCAAUGGUAUGGAUGACACCAUGGAGAAGAGCACCACCAUCUUAGCCAUUGCUGCUUCCCAGAGAAGCAAAACUCAUCAUCAAGCUGAUGAGGUAGUUCAAUCCAAUGGGUGGUUCACUUCUCACGUGUUGUUUGUCGAUGGAGAAUCAUCAUCAUCAUCACCCAUCAACACUCUUGUCCAUGGAUUCAAGUGCUCCUCCUUCUUCUCAUCAGGAUCUGGAUCUGCAUAUGAAUGGCAAAGUCACACUCUCAUGUCCACCUGAUAUCAAUUUGCCCCUCUCCGCGGAGCGCAGUCCGCCUCCACAGCCAUGGAAUCAAGACCCUUCUGAUACCGUGUUGGAUGUUGGUCUUGGUGGUACUCAAGGACUUGACACCCAGAGUUUCGUCCAACUCCCAAAAGUUGGAAGGAAAUGCGCCAAGCGUCUUGAUAGCAUUUGGGGUGCUUGGUUUUUCUUCAGAUUCUACUUUAAGCCGGCGUUGGUUGAGAAGUCUAAGGCCAAGGUUGUUAGGGACAGCAAUGGUGUUUUGGGGUUUGAUAAAUCCGAUAUCAAGCUUGAUGUUUUCUUGGUUCAACAUGACAUGGAAAACAUGUACAUGUGGGUUUUCAAGGAGAAGCCGGACAAUGCUUUGGGUAAGAUGCAACUGAGGAGUUACAUGAAUGGGCAUUCCCGCCAAGGGGAGCGCCCAUUUCCGUUUAGUGCCCUCCGGGGUUUUGUUCGAUCCCACCGGAUGCAACGGAAGCAUUACAGGGGACUUUCAAAUCCUCAAUGUGUGCAUGGCAUCGAGGUUGUUCCAUCGCCCAAUCUUAUGAGUCUUGAUAAGGAUGAGCGGAGAAAGUGGAUUGAACUCACUGGACGAGAUUUGAACUUCACAAUCCCACCUGAAGCAAGUGACUUCAGUUCAUGGAGGAAUCUUCCCAACAGAGAAUUUGAGCUCGAGAGACCACUUCCCCUGAUCAAGAGCACUCUGAAUCCACACCCAAAGAAGCUGCUUAAUGGAUCUGUGUUGAAUUUAUCAACUCAUCUGCCUAGCCUCAGUAAUGGUAAUGGGACUGUCCUGUCUUCUAUUAGCAGCAAGAAAAGGAAGGACUUUUUUCUUUAUGGGAAAGAUGAAGAAUGUUGUUUGGCUAUUAAUCCUCCAUCUGAUCGGAGUCCAGAUUUGGUAAUGCACCCAAGUGAAUCACACUGGUUGAAUGACUUCAGAGGGGUGAUGAAGAAUGUUUGUGGACCAUUUACAGCUGCAAAAACUGUUUAUGAGGACGAACAAGGUUUCUUGAUCAUUAUCAGUCUGCCAUUCGUGGAUCUUCCUAGUGUGAAAGUUUCAUGGAGGAACACUGUUACUCAUGGUAUCAUAAAGGUUUCUUGUGUGAGCAUAUCUUGCAAGCCAUUUAUUAAAAGAAACGAUAGGACAUUCAAGCUUUCAGAGCCAUCGUCAGAGCACUGCCCUCCUGGUGAGUUUGUUCGUGAAAUCCCACUUUCAACUCGAAUUCCUGAAGAUGCCAAUAUAGAAGCGUACUACGAUGGGCCAGGAUCUGUGCUUGAGAUAAUGGUGCCAAAACUUCUUCCAGGAGCAGAAGAGCAUGAAGUUUGUGUUUGCCUUCGGCCUAAUGUGGGGAAUGAACUCAUGUUGAAUUGAGAUAGACAUUAGUUAGGCACUUUUGAAAAAUAUAUGGGUAUGAUUGCCAGCAUGGUCGGUUAAUCAUUUGUUUUAGUGACUUUGUACCAUACUGUGUUUUCUAUAAUACAAAUGCAUUGUGUUAACAAUUUUUUGCACUAA